AUGAGAGUUGAAGGACUCGAGGAGCGCAGCCGGUUGCAGAUUCAAGAGAGAAUUGACUUGGUCAUUAGGUUGAGAAAGACGAUGAGGGAAUACCGAGAGAUGCUUGUGUUGGAGCAUAAAGUCAGAGCAAUCGAAAGACCAUCCCACAGGACCCUCGAAGCUGUUCGGAAUUGCUUCAACAAUGUCACCAGUUCAUUGAGACCCGGUGUUCCUGCACUCGACGGCCGAAAUGCGGAUAUAUUCAACGAUGCCAACGACCUCUUGUCACUCAGGGUCGCAACGGAGGAUGAUCGCCUUACCAGGUUCCUGCAGACCACAUUCCCGAUUUUGUUCGCGAAGCAAGCACCUGGCUCUGACCUGGAGUCGCAUAAGCAAGGAUGCAAUCCUAGUCCCGAUGACCCGCUCUCAUACUAUUCCGAACGUCGGCUGCACGCCUGUGUUGCCAUCAUAUACAUCAUCCUCGCGUCAGGCUUGCUUUUCGGGGCCAUGUUCAACCUCUACUUCGUUGGAAGCAACCCGAAACGCCUGGGAUUGAUUGCAGGAUAUACCGUCGUCUUCGCUCUAUGCGUCGGCUUUUUAUCGAAUGCGCGGCGGGCCGAGAUAUUCGGCGCCUGUGCCGCGUAUGCUGCUGUCCUUGUGGUAUUUGUGAGCGGGGGUCUGAGUUGCGGCGCAGCAUCAGGUUCAGGUGGAUGA